AUGAAACGUGAGGAGAUGGGACCUCGUCGAUUGCAGAUCCGCACGCUGGUGGGCCCGUCCCAUUGGUUGGCGGGCGCGGGAGGUGUUCCUUCUGCCCUCGUGCUGAACACCCUGGCAAUCCCAGGAAGUGGCCACCUAGCAGACACCAUCUCAGAAUCUGUCGGGCCAAUCACGCGCCGCCAGGUGGGGCACGGCCGUGCCAGCGCUGGCGGUCGGGUGGCCCCUGCUCUGUGCAUUGUGUGCUCGUGGGAGGGAGCUGGGCAGCUGCUUGUGCUGUGGCCGCCUGGGGGUGUGAUGAAAUUUGCAGCAACAGCGCCCGCAAGUCACAGCAGCAAGCAAGCAGCAGCCUUCUUGGCGCGACAGGCCAAAGCCAGGCCCGCCGACGAGCAAGGAAAAAAAAGGCCAGCAAGCCCACCAUCGUCGACAGCAACGUCGAGCCGAAGCAGCCGCCUUCUGCGCCCUCUCUCAACCCCUCGACGCUGGUCUGCCGGCGCAACCCACCGGAACGACGACAUUUACCGCUUGUGA